GUUGGCAAUUUGGCAUCUAAAGGGAGCGAAAACAGCCAAAUCACAGAAAAAUCUGUCCUACUUUUCGAAAAAAGCUUGUUUACCGCGUGUGACGCCAUUAUAAGCUCGUACAAUAUGCCGUCAAUGAAAGUGGAAGGUGACAGUGACGGGGAUGGUGACUUGUCUGGUGGUGAAACCGAGAGGUCCGGAGGAUCCUCCCGGGGUCCCGACAGGGACUCCAGUGCCGAGGAGGCCGACGAGCCGGACUCCGAUGACUCCUCCGAGAUGGAUGAGAGCGAGUGCGAGCGCCGGAGAAACGAGUGCCUGGACAAUUUAGCAAACCUCGAGCGUCAGUUCACCGUGCUACGCGAGCAGCUGUACUCGGAGCGCAUGAAACAUGUAGAGUACCAGCUCACCGAGGUCAGGGGCGGGCGCUCGCAGGAGUACCUCGGGCCUCUGCGCCGUCUGCAGGACAACAUGAGAGUCAGGAUCGAGGUGGCGGGCAUCCUGAAGCAGAUGCGCAUAGAGAACAUCAAACAUAAGUACGAGGCGGAGGAGCAGGCGGCGCAGCAGCAUUUUAAGAGUGAAAAAUGGCUGAGCUACGAGUCGCUGAAAGAAGAGAUCCUCGAGAAAAUCCGCCGGCUGGAAGAAGAACGUCACACCGUAGACCUCUGGUCCACGGGGCCCGAGUGGGGACGCAAGCGGCGUCGGCGUCAAGUCGCCGUGUCACCCCCAUAUGUGGUCUACAUGCUCCCCGACGCCGACAUAAUGGAGGACUGGCGGCAGAUCAGAAAACUCCUCGAGAGAGAUUAGAACGACGCGGCUAGCACACCUGCCCGCGCGCGACCGCGCCACGUGCCACGCGCGCUCAGGAGGAAGUGAUCGCGGUUAGUUGUGCUAGCCCUAUAGGAUAAUAGAAUCGUCUUGGAAGUCCAUAAAAUGAACAUGUAUCUGCGGACCGUUUUUCGACUUUAGAACUUUUAAAAUUGACGAUGGUUGAAGCGUCGAAGAUUGGAUCUCGCAUUCACGUGGUAUUUUUCGGUAAGAAUAUAUCUGUACUUAGGUACAUUCAUUUGCAAUAAUAUCUAACACAACGAAGAGGUAAAAAUUAUUUGACAUAAUAUUAUUUGUUUAUAUAUUUUUGGAGACUUAGUUGUGUAAGAUAUUAUUGCAAAUGACUGUACUUAUUUUCUUAAACGAGUAAUGAAUGAUUAGGGACUUUGUUGUAUGUGUAUUUAUUUUAGUAAUAGUAAUGAUAUUGCUGAUGUCAGAUUUUUUAUUGUUUUCAGGCUUACUCAAUAGAUGCACAUUUACAAAAGUAAACAAACACUUUGUACAUUUUCGGGUAGUUAUAACAUUAAUUGGUUAACCGAACCUACAUAUAGUUCGUUUUUUUAGCAUUAGAAAGAACUUGAAAGAAGGUAAGCGAUCUUUUCAUGUCUUUUAAUUGAAAAACGCUUUUCAAAAUUCAAUAGCUAUUACAUACUUAUGAAAGCAGAAGAAUAUAAAUGAUCGUAUUAGGUUCAUAAUUGUUACAUAUUUGUCGUGACUUAUUUUUAAAAUGUGUUUUUUAAUUAAACGACACAUCAAGAUUGUUUACCUUAUUUCUAAUGCUAAAAAAAACGAUUACAUACAUUAUUUGAUCGUGUAAUGUUUUCAUCUACCCCCCACUGGCUAAAGCCAUUUGAGGGUAGAUUUUGUUUACUUUUAUUUAAAUACCUAAAGAUACAGAGUAUGGUGACAGGUAACAAUGGUUUAUAAUCUCAUGGCAGCGUUGUAAGUUAAAGGAAUCUUUUAUUUUUUAAAACCAUAAACAUACUUAAAAACAAACUUAGAAUAAAAAGUAACCUAAAAUUAAAACUACCUACAAAACUAAAACUAAUACCUAAAAAAAUACAGGAAUCUGUAAAGUAAAAUUCAGCUGAAAUUAAAAAAUGGUACCAUUUUUUCCGAAAACCCCUUAUACCUAACACACGUACCCUUUUUGCUCAAAUUGCUUGGUGUUUAAUUUUUACCAUGUGGUUUACCCAGAAUCACUUCAUAAUCAUAAGCCGUUUUUUAGGGUUUCGUACCCAAAGGGUAAAAACGGGACCCUAAGGGUCUCCCCAAAUAUAUCGACGCGCAUUCGGCAAAAGCCGAUAGGAAAAAGCUUUAUGUCCGCGCAAUAAGAGCGAAA